AGGUCUGUUGACAAAAUCAAGAUAUCCUCUGGGACCAGGCUAAAAGUAUUAUAGUUUAAUUCAAAACCCAUACAGAUCCAUUUGUAAAUAAAUGCUGCCAGAUGACAUUGUAAUGGACAGUGCGUACCUUUAAAUUGAUUUCCUUUUGAUGUGAUAAAAACAUCUUAUGAAAGAGAUGUUGAAACGUGGCUUUUGAUGUAAAGUAACAUAAUUGAGAUUUCAAAGUAGAAAACCUUUUGUUGAUAGUAGUUCAUUCGAUGCAGUGCGUGUACCAAACAUUAUUUGCUGUAGGUUAUAAAUCAGCUUUCAACCAGUUAUAAUUCAUAAAUUGUUACUUAUGACCGAUUUAUGGGAAAUCUCAUUAAUUGCAAUAGCAAAAAGACCUUGAAGUAAGCUAGAAGUAGAAAAUAAAACAGCCUGGGAAUUGAAAGAGAACAGGCAUAUGUACUCUGCAAUUCAUAGUAAUGUCAUGUUUGCAUGUUUUAUUGAUAGCACGCUCCUGAUCAUUCCAGUUAAACCUCACCACAACUUUGAAUAACAAAUAUUAUUGUAACUUCUACCUUAUAUGAGAAGAAACUGAGUGUCCCAUCAUUUUAUUUUAAUAUGCAUUAAAUAUUUAUUAUAUGUUGUUUAUUAUGAGACGGUAACGUUACAUAGACUUUGGGACAGCCCUAACAAAAGCCUAUAGCAUAUGUUUAUUAUUGCACUUCAUCGAAUUGCCUGUUUUUCACCUUUUUAAUUAUAAUUUGCUUAGGGAUAAGGUUUAUGUUCUUCUGCUUUAUAUGCCCAGACAUUUUACUAAGUCUGGCUAAAGGCAACGACGAAAACAGUAUUAAUAGUAACCACAAUGUCUAACGUGUAUUGAGUUCUUACAGUGUGAGAGGCAUUAUUCUAAACCCUGUAUCUACGUUAACUAAUUUUCUCCUCACAACAACACUAAGGGGAAUUUAACAUUAUCGCUUGCAUUUUGCAAGUGAGGAGAUUGAACCAUGGAGGGCACAAGUUAACUUCCCCAAAGCAACACAUAAUAAUUACUAAAUUAGUGCCUUUUUGAACUGGACUGUGGUCAGCUCCUUGCCCCCCUCCCCUUUUUUUUUCUUUCCAAGAGAUUCAUAGAAGAGUCACUGUUUAUUGAAAUGAGAGAUUUGGGAGAAGUCAUUACACAGUUGCCCAAUCCAUGGUACACCAGUGGAGUGGGGCAUAUACUGGGUAACUCAAGUUUCUUUGGAUGCCUCCUUGCCAUGGAAGAGAUGCAAAGAACUAUUUGAACUCCAGAAGGACCAACACCAGAUAAAUUAUGAAUGUUGAACAAGAUGACCUUACAUCCACAGCAGAUAAUGAUAGGUCCUAGGUUUAACAGGGCCCUAUUUGACCCCCUGCUUGUGGUGCUGCUGGCUCUUCAACUUCUCGUGGUGGCUGGUCUGGUGCGGGCUCAAACCUGCCCUUCUGUCUGCUCCUGCAGCAACCAGUUCAGCAAGGUGAUUUGUGUUCGGAAAAACCUACGAGAGGUUCCUGAUGGCAUUUCCACAAACACUCGGCUGCUGAACCUCCAUGAGAACCAAAUCCAGAUCAUCAAAGUGAACAGCUUCAAGCACUUGAGGCACCUGGAAAUCCUACAGUUGAGCAGGAAUCAUAUUAGAACAAUUGAAAUUGGGGCCUUCAAUGGCCUGGCGAACCUCAACACUCUGGAACUCUUUGACAAUCGUCUUACUACCAUCCCGAAUGGAGCUUUUGUAUAUUUGUCUAAACUGAAGGAACUCUGGUUGCGAAACAACCCCAUUGAAAGUAUCCCUUCUUAUGCUUUUAAUAGAAUCCCCUCUUUGCGACGGCUAGACUUAGGGGAAUUAAAAAGGCUUUCAUACAUCUCAGAAGGUGCCUUUGAAGGUCUCUCCAACUUGAGGUAUUUGAACCUUGCCAUGUGCAACCUCCGGGAAAUCCCUAACCUCACACCGCUCAUAAAGCUAGAUGAGCUGGAUCUUUCUGGGAAUCACUUGUCUGCCAUCAGGCCUGGCUCUUUCCAGGGGUUGAUGCACCUUCAAAAACUGUGGAUGAUACAGUCCCAGAUUCAAGUGAUUGAACGGAAUGCCUUUGACAACCUUCAGUCCCUAGUGGAGAUCAACCUGGCACACAACAAUCUAACAUUACUGCCUCAUGACCUCUUCACGCCCUUGCAUCACCUAGAACGGAUACACUUACAUCACAACCCUUGGAACUGCAACUGUGACAUACUGUGGCUCAGCUGGUGGAUAAAAGACAUGGCACCCUCCAACACCGCCUGUUGUGCCCGGUGUAACACUCCUCCCAAUCUGAAAGGGAGGUACAUUGGGGAGCUUGACCAGAAUUAUUUCACAUGCUAUGCCCCUGUAAUUGUGGAGCCCCCAGCAGACCUCAAUGUCACUGAAGGCAUGGCAGCUGAGCUGAAGUGUCGGGCCUCCACAUCCCUGACCUCCGUGUCCUGGAUUACUCCGAAUGGAACGGUCAUGACACACGGGGCUUACAAAGUGAGGAUAGCUGUGCUCAGUGAUGGCACGUUAAAUUUCACAAAUGUAACCGUGCAAGAUACAGGCAUGUACACAUGUAUGGUGAGUAAUUCUGUUGGAAAUACCACUGCUUCAGCCACCCUGAAUGUUACUGCAGCAACCACUACUCCUUUUACUUACUUUUCAACUGUCACAGUAGAGACUAUGGAACCUUCUCAGGAUGAGGCACGGACCACAGAAAACCACGUGGGGCCCACCCCAGUGACUGACUGGGAAACCACCAAUGUGACCACUUCUCUCAUGCCACAGAGCACAAGGUCAACGGAAAAAACAUUCACCAUCCCGGUGACUGAUAUAAACAGUGGGAUCCCAGGAAUUGAUGAGGUCAUGAAGACUACCAAAAUCAUCAUUGGCUGUUUUGUGGCCAUCACCCUCAUGGCUGCAGUGAUGCUGGUCAUUUUCUACAAGAUGAGGAAGCAGCACCAUAGGCAGAACCAUCACGCCCCCACAAGGACUGUUGAAAUCAUCAAUGUGGACGAUGAGAUCACAGGAGACACACCCAUGGAAAGCCACCUGCCCAUGCCUGCUAUCGAGCAUGAGCACCUAAAUCACUAUAACUCUUACAAAUCUCCCUUCAACCACACAACAACAGUUAACACAAUAAAUUCAAUACACAGUUCAGUGCAUGAACCGUUAUUGAUCCGAAUGAACUCUAAAGACAAUGUACAAGAGACUCAAAUCUAAAACAGUUACAGAAAACAAACAGAACAAAAGGACAGUUUAUUAAUAAUGACACAAAUGACUGGGCUAAAUCUACUGUUUCAAAAAAAAAAAGUGUCUUUACAAAAAAAAAACAAAAAAGAAAAGAAAUUUAUUUAUUAAAAAUUCUAUUGUGAUCUAAAGCAGACAAAAUUAUGUGUAUUCCUCAGAACCUGUUUUUGCUGCACUUAUUUACCGUUUUCCCACAUCCUGUCCCUGCCUUCCCCGACUGCCAUAUUUUUCAUAGGAGAUCUCAAAUCCCUACAGUAUACGGUCUAGGAAAUUUUGUAAGAAUUCUGUUACACUUUGAGAUUUUUAUGGUGAAUUCUAGUGGUGAGAUCCAGUCUAUUUUGUCUUUCUUUAUUUUUCCCCCUCUUUCAUUUUCCCCCUCACACCCUUAUGAAAUAGUCCAAUGGGGAAUGCAAUAUUAGAAAUAGAUUUUUAAGAGAGAAUGAGGAAUAUAAUGCAAGAUCUUAUAUUUUUCAUGUAAUGACCUGUUCUGUAUUUAGGAAGAGGACCAGUCAAUGGAAAAGGGGGGAAAAAGGGGAGGGGGGGAAGCAAACAACAGAUUAAUUUACAUAUGAGCAUCUAUAAAACCCAUGACCUUUUAAACAACUCUAGAACCAGAAUUUGUAGUUUCAAACGCUAAAAAUAAGAUUAUAAAUAAAAUAUUGUUGGUUUUUUCUGUA